UGAACGAGGAGGACGCGUCGAUUGUGCUACAAGAUGGGGUUACUGGUUCCAGACCGUCGCCGAGGUGUUCGUCAACAUCCAGGUGCCCAAAGGUGCGCGGAUGAUGUCCGUAUAGAUAGAAAAAAAAAACAUGAGAGAACAGCAGGCGUAGAGAACAGAAAUAAAUAUGAGUUAAGCAGAAACAGAUAAUUAUACACUACAGAAAAUAGAAGAUAAAAGUUCGUAUCAUGUAUCACGUCGGAGCCUAUGCACGAAAUGUGUAUUAUAUGAGUCUUAAUCCGACGAAGCUUACCGUUGUUGUUCGUCAUGAAGUGGAUGAUGAUGAUGAUGAUAAUGACCAGAUAAUAUCAAGUUAAUGACGAUCGAGCGAUUCUUUAGCCGCUGUGUGUGGGGAGUGCACAGUGAGUUGUGCUUCAAUAAAAAGCCAGUGCGUGUGAAAAAUUUUCGCGAUGUUUGUCCGCUUUCGCAGUAUGCGGCUGUUUGUGGUCUAGUUUAAGCAUAAGUUGCCAGUGGCUCUUUCUUUUUAGUGGAGGUCUACUGCCAUUAUCAAUUAGUUAGAACAGAAAAGUUUGGCCUAGAAGAGGUUUUAUUUAACCCUAGUCGAUAAACAACAAUUGGUCGUCGACCGAGAAGUUGAGGGUCUUGCCUCUACUGCUGUUAACGCAACCAUAAGCAAGCGUAGUUGUAGUCUUUUUUCGAGCUUCAGCAGCUAUAUAUUAUACUCUGUAACCCGAUGACGUAUAUUCAUGUCGAGACGCCAAAGGGGGAACAUAUCAAAAACAACAAUAAUAAUUACAACAAAAAAACAAUCGCAACAAUGGUAUUGAAGAGGUCCAAAAAUAAUUAGAGUUGUGUUGAGAAACGAAAACGCAUAUUAAAUUUUGCUCAGAGUGCUGUUUUUCAACCGCAGCUAUUGAAUCGAAAAGCAUCAUUAUCAGUUGUAAGCGAACCGCGUGUACACGUCGACGAAGGACAACAACAUGUCAGUGUUCACUGCCAUGUCACAGAUCACGGAGGACUUGUUCCUUUGUGGGUUGCGCGGCCUUACUCCAGACAACCUGAAAAAGUUUGGUAUCACAAUGGUAGUCAACGUGACAAAUGAUGUAAUAGAUGACGGCGUGCCGGGCAUAACGUAUAAGCGUUUCGCGGCUGUCGACGAGCCCUCUCAGGACUUGAAGAAGUACUUUCAUCCGGCCGCUGACUGUAUUCACGAGACGAUUCGAACAGGAGGCAAGGUCGUGGUGCAUUGCAUGGCAGGAGUCUCGCGCAGCUGCUCAAUUGUGCUUGCUUACCUUGUCAAGUAUCGCAACAUGACCCUGCGUGAGGCCUUCAAGUUUGUUCGUGAGCGUCGCUCGAUCGUGCAUCCGAACUACGGCUUCUUUAGGCAACUGAUCGAAUUUGAGCGAGAAAUUCGUAUAUCCUGCGAGCCCUCCGUUAAGAUGGUCAAGCUGAGUGAAAGCUCGUCAGAACUUGUGCCCGACAUUUACAAAGAGGAAUGCAAAGCCUUCCUCUGGCUGCAUUCGGUCAAGGACAAACUGAAAGAGGAUCGAAAAGCAGAUAGCUAGCAACAGUUGCCGGUCGGGUUGCACAUGGCGGCCCGACCCAUCAGAGUAUAUCCAUCUGCGUGGGAAAGAUUUGUGACGAAGAUCACUAACAAGAAGCAGUGAUCGAAGCAAGAACCUGCCGAUGCGAGGAUCCUCUUCAAUCGAUAAUUUGAAGGCCAAAAAGCCAACAAAUUUAAGACUGAAAGGCUAGCUCUCCAUGUACGCCCUCGCAGAUGUUAUAACCUUAAUGUGGGAUUAAGGGCCACCAUGAUGCGGGUGGAAGUCGAGAGAAAGCUAAAAAUGAUAUACCUCCUAAUAAUGUAGUAGCAAAUGUAUACGGUCUCUGAAAAGGGAUGACAGAGUGAUCAGUGGUAGCGAUCCAAAGCCGGAACACAAAAUUUAAUAACCGUAUCGAAUAAGGAACGUCGUCUUGCAAAAUAUAACUUGUUGACAACUGCUUUGCAUAAGUGUUGAGAACGCAUACACGGAUGGAGAUAAGCCCAUCCAAGGCCGUCAAAAGUGAUGUCUGUCGCAGCACACGCCAAGGCUUUUUCGCUAAACUGUUAAACUUAUGCCGAAAUUUAUAUUCAGUAUUGGCUCACGGGGUUAACUAAUUUUAUGAUUGUUUAGCCGCAAAAGCAUUUUGUCACUGGUGGCUAGACGCUUAAUCUAGUUCACAUUAUUCCAGUGCAACACUUAAUUUUUAGGCUUUUCGUUGGCUCUCAUGUUUCGGUCAGACAAAAGCACUGAUAAGUCCGGUUAGCAGUAAGCCUUUAUAGAGAAAAGGGUGUACCUUUUUUGCUGUUUACCUAAAUUUACUUUUCUCGACGAGAAAAUGCAAAUAUCUGCGAAAGAGCAUUUGGUUGUGUAACUACUACGAUUAUAUUAGGUAUAUGCACACGUACACAUGAAUAUUUGUUGGAGUCUUUCAGAUAAUAAUAAUAAUAAUAAUUAUGAUAAUUUUGUUUUCCGAGGCCUAGAUCUAAGGCCUAUAAUGCGUGUAUUAGAAGUAGCCUAUGUAAGCCAAUCCCUGGAUGGCCAAAAAGCGUCGUAGUAGACACUAAGUGAGGAAACGAAGCUCCAAACGGCGUUUCGUAGUCAGGUUUGUGGAUAGUUAGGUUCAAGCUUUACUGGUUGGCAGGCAACACACUGCAAUCUUUUAUCUUCAUGUACUAAAUAAAAUAUUAAACAUAAUAUUUGCUCAAGCGGAGGCAUACCCGUUAAAAGUGGGUCAAGUGGGGAUAUGGGUAUGUGCUGGCUGUCUCUUAGUGCCAGGGAUCACUGUUGGCACUGGCCGGUGAAAACAGGGUUACGGGUGUAGGUUGAAUAAAUAGUGAACUGGUGGAUAGUUGUACAGAAGCAACGCUUUCGAUUUGUAUUUGAGCGUCAUAAUGACCUGACUUAGCGCUGUUCUUAAAGGGUACAUUGACUGAUCGGACUAAGAACGAACAGGCAGGGUGGUGCACAGCCGUCGAACCAAUACUAGCUCCUAUAGUGACGGGCUCUGUGCUAUUACCAUGUAUAAUGUGGGUAAUGUAUAAUGGGAAAUGGAUUUCUCUUAUUUCGUCAUCCCGGUUUGAUCGGGCUUGCCCGCGUCAUCUGUAUGUGACGUUUGAAAAACAUGCUAGAAGAUACAGAAAUAUUGGGUUACGGGACGAAGUGAAGAGGGACUAAGCUAAAAAAAAGAGUGGGCAAAGCGUGUUAUUGAUCGUUAACCUAUGCCAACCUUCCCUUUUGAGAUGGAAAAAAAUGCAUCCUUGCCAAGGACGACAUUCUUCUCAAGAUGCAAUACGAUAGUACGCAUGGCUAGAAAUAAGAAGCUGUCGUAGACUGGAUGGUUGCGAUAGCAGUUACUGCUGCUAAUGUUAACAAUAAGUGUGUUACAAUAGCUAUCGCUACUCAUACAACAACAACAACAACGAGUAAUAAACACUGCAGUGGCAAAACCUGAAGGAUAAUUCUAAGAAUGGUUAAUAGGUUUAGUACCAGAUUAUAUGAUGUCGCAUAUGCUACUCUGGUCAUAGAGGGUACACACCCAUACACUCACCCUACUUAUAAGGGUAGCGAACUGGGCGAAAUUAAGAAACUAGGUGGUAGAUGAAUGUAGUCGGUGCCUGUUUAAAGCUGUUCGGCAGACAUACAGUAGAGUUAUUAUUACUAUUAACGGAACAAAGCAGUUAAGGUGGCUGAUUUAGGUUUUUAUGGUCUGUAGAUCCUAGAGCGUGCUAUACGCUCCGAAGUUCACCGUCAGCGGUCAGUCAGACACAUAAUGCGUAUAUGUUUAGGUAUGCCUGUGUACUCGUUUAUGCGUAAGCAGGCAUUACAUACACAGGACUUGUGAAUAGCCUAUUAGUAAGCAGAAGGAGAAAUUAGUGAAGAUAAAUGGGUGUGUAAUGUCAGAGUUACCUGAAAGUCACUGCCUGACUCAAACCCGCUACACGACGACAAAAAUCAAGACUAGCUCUAGUGAUAGUAAUAACAGUAAAGUAGAAAUAAUAAUAAUUCUUACUAUUGUUAUUACACUGUAUCCGUUACACAACUAAUACUACUAUUCCGACAAAAAUACCCACAGAUAGAUGAGCGACUAUUAUAGAUAUGGUAUUGGCGAUUAUAUUACUAUUAAAAUAGUAAAAAUAUUAUACAAUAGUAGCAGUUGUUAUAGGACUCCCAUCGAGCAGAAACUGCCGUACUUCUAUGGAGGUACUUUUUAGUAUAGUACGGAGUAUUUUUUAGUAUAGUAACCAACUUAUUAACUAUUAUAUCCUAUGCAUUAUUUCUCAUCACUUUAUCAAUUUAGUUAUUCUUACUAUUUUUAUUAUAUC